AUGAUAGAGCAUAUUGCCCAUCAUACAAACCUGUACUCUGCUCAGGAGUUGGGAGAUCCCAUAAAGACUAGCCCUGAAGAAAUUGAGGAUUUCUUAGCGAUCCUUCUCUACAUGGGUGUUUUCAACUUCCCAUCGCUGGAGGACUACUGGCACCAUGAGUCCCGUUUCAACAUUAUCGCUGACAUCAUGCCAAGGAAGAGAUUCCAGCUGUUACGCAGGUACAUUCAUUUCAGUGAUAAUCAGCACAUCAGUGAGAGUCCGGACCGAUUUUACAAAAUUCGUCCCCUCUUUGAGAUGCUUCGUCACCAGUGUCUCCUGAUACCAUCCACUAACAAGCACAGUGUGGAUGAAGUCAUGGUGGCAUAUAAAGGCACGAGGGCUGGCACUCUCCGCCAAUAUAUUGCCAACAAGCCAGAUAAGUGGGGCUUUAAACUGUUCUGCCGAGCAAGCUCAUCUGGCAUCAUCCACGACUUGCUGCUGUAUCAAGGGGCCUCCACGUUCUUCAAUGUUGCCCUCAGUGAACAGGAACAGAUGCUACCUCUAGGAGCCAAAGUGGUGACAACACUCUGCAAAACAAUAAAACACCCUCGGCUGUCUGUUUUCUUUUGUGACAACUUCUUCACAAGUUUCAGCCUGGUUCAGAGCUUGCACAGCUCCUUGGGUGUCAAGUGCAUUGGUACUGUGCGACCAAACCGCACUGGUGGAGCUCCCUUGAUGGCAGACAAAGACCUGAUGAAGAGGGGCCGUGGAGCCUGUGACUACAGGUCUGCUGAAGGAGUGAUUGCAGUAAAAUGGUUUGACAACAAAUGUGUCAACCUUCUGAGCAAUGCCAGUGGGAUCCUGCCUCAUUCAACUGUCAAAAGGUGGAGCAAAGAGUCCAGAGCAAAGAUUGCAAUCCCAUGCCCAUCACUCAUCCCUGCCUACAAUGAGCACAUGGGAGGAAUUGAUCUUUCCGACAUGCUGGUACACUUGUACAAGACCCCAGCCAAGUCAAGGAGAUGGUAUCUUCCCCUGUUCGGAUACGUCCUUGACUUGUGCAUCGCUAACGCCUGGCUGGUCUACAAGAGGGACUGUGCCCUGCUGAAGCAGAAACCGAUGUCUCUGAAAAGGUUCCGCCUGGCUGUCGCCCACAGUUUGCAUCAAUACAACAAGCCAGCAUCCAAAGUUGGCCGACCAUCAUUGAGCUCUCCACCACGACAGAAGAAAGGCUACACACCCAGACCCUCACGACCAAAACCACAACCAGAUGUGCGCUAUGACAACUUGGGACACUGGCCUCUUCACUGUGACAAGCGGGGACGAUGCAACCUCUGUCAAAAGGGUGUGUCAAGGUGGAGAUGUCAGAAAUGCAAAGUUUUCCUGUGUUUGAACUCAAACCAGGAAUGCUUUGUUGCAUAUCACCAGAAGUAA